GAAGUGCGGUCCUGCUAUGUUGAUACAGAUCUAAAAAAACUGGACUAAAAGGCAGUCGCGGCGUACGUUGCUCCUCGCGUGGACUAAUUUUUGUUUUAUAGGGAAAAAGUUUUUCAGCGUGGGGGAAAUCGUUACAAACCCGCCUUCAACUCCACCGGCUCGGAAAAUUUGGCGACUUUGCUCCAACAUUUUGGGCCCUCCACCCUCUCCUGCUGCUGUUGCUCCGAGUGAAGGUUGAUAUGCCACAUCAGUGAUGGAGCCCAUGACGGUGACGACGUCGGUGGUCGGACCGGAGGAGUUCGACCGCAAUGCCCCGCGGAUCUGUGGCGUGUGCGGUGACAAGGCGACCGGCUUCCACUUCAAUGCCAUGACCUGCGAGGGCUGCAAGGGCUUCUUCAGGCGCAGUAUGAAGCGCAAAGCCUCCUUCACCUGCCCAUUCAACGGAACCUGCACCAUCACCAAGGACAACCGGCGCCACUGCCAGGCCUGUCGACUUAAACGCUGCAUUGACAUCGGCAUGAUGAAAGAGUUCAUCCUGACAGACGAGGAGGUGCAGAGGAAGAAAGAUAUGAUACUGAAGAGGAAGGAAGAAGAGGCGGCCCGAGAGGCGAUGAAGCCACGGCUGAAUGAUGAGCAGGCCCAGAUGAUUUCCUCUCUGGUGGAGGCUCACCACAAAACCUACGACGCCUCCUAUUCUGAUUUCUCCCGCUUCAGGCCUCCAGUUCGCGAAGGCCCUGUUACGCGCAGCGCCAGCAGAGCGGCCUCGCUUCAUUCUCUGUCCGACGCGUCCUCUGACUCAUUCAACCACUCUCCUGAGUCAGUGGACACCAAGAUGAACUUGAGCAACCUGUUAAUGAUGUACCAGGACGGUGCCAGCAGUCCGGACUCGAGUGAGGAGGACACUAAGCUCUCCAUGCUGCCCCACCUGGCCGAUCUGGUCUCCUACAGCAUUCAGAAGGUCAUUGGUUUUGCCAAGAUGAUCCCAGGCUUCAGAGAGCUGACAGCUGAAGACCAGAUUGCUCUGUUGAAGUCAAGUGCCAUCGAGAUCAUCAUGCUGCGUUCCAACCAGUCAUUCAGUCUCGAGGACAUGUCCUGGAGUUGUGGAGGUCCCGACUUCAAAUACUGCAUCAACGAUGUCACAAAGGCGGGUCACACUCUGGAGCUGUUGGAACCACUGGUGAAGUUCCAGGUUGGUCUGAAGAAACUCAACUUGCACGAAGAGGAACACGUGCUGCUCAUGGGCAUCUGCCUGCUCUCCCCAGAUCGUCCAGGUGUUCAGGACCACGCUCGCGUUGAGCAGCUCCAGGACCGCCUGUCGGAGGCCCUUCAGGCCUACAUCCGGAUCAACCACCCAGGCGGACGCCUCCUCUAUGCCAAGAUGAUCCAGAAGUUGGCCGACCUGCGGAGCCUGAAUGAGGAGCACUCCAAGCAGUACCGCUCACUCUCCUUCCAGCCCGAGCACAGCAUGCAGCUAACCCCGCUGGUGCUGGAAGUGUUUGGCAGUGAGGUGUCAUAGCAGACAAGGGGGCAAUCAUGUGUGCAUAUACUCCCUCCUCACACAUUAAGAUGAUUCACCAAUCCCUUACCACCAAAACCCCAGCCUUGAUACAUCCAUAGACCUUUGGGAGAGUAAUAGAUAAUCAGACAGACAGUAAACAAUCACCUCUUUAUCACCGGCCCAUUCUCCCCCUCUUCCUCCUGACCUCAAGGAGCAAGAUUCCGAUACCUGGACCUCUGGAUAUGUGGAGUUAGAGCAUCGUAAGUGGGUGUGGACUUCCGCAGCACGUUGAUAGGGUUGGUAAACACCGUACCAUGUCGUUUGGACAUCCUGAGUCACAGACUUCAGGAAUAGAUUGACAUCCUGAUCCUCUUCACAUCCACAAACUCACGAUUUUGCCUUUUCCUCAUCACUAUAUUUCUCCAGACAUCACCACAUAUAUAUUUUUUUACAGUGGUAAACAACUUGACGGAUGUCAUGGGUACAUCCUCUUAACCAUUAUCCUUAUAAUUACAGGAUCACAUCAUCAUCAUCCUCAUCAUGACAGACAGGGACAGAUACAGAUGAACAAUUCUGGCACUUGUCAGGUACACAUACAUUUCUAGCUGUGGCGGUAUUCUAGUACUUUGAUAGCAACAGUAUGAAACAUUGAUAGUGAGUUACAGCUUGGGGCAGUGGGCGAGUGUAGCGUAACGUAAUUAGGGAUGCACCAGUGCAACAUUUAACCUCCUGAUACAGACGCUGAUAAAUGGGCUCUGUGAAGGAAUGACUGAUUUGGAGAAAAUAUCUAAUUGUGAUCUAUAUAAUAUAAUUAUUUUAAAGCCAAACUUCAUUAUUCACAAGAUGUGAAUUGUUACUGUUUAUUGUAUCGCGUUUGAUUUAAUUGGCGAGUGAAAUUAAGCCGUCAAAUAUAGAACAAUUAAAUCACAGCCCUAAUGAUUUGCUAGUUGCGUCGUUCUAAAAAGUGCUUUUGAUUAAAGAAAAAAAAAAGUCUUCAGCCCCGGCUUUACGUAUCAGAUGAUGCACAAGUGUAAAAUAGCGCCAAACUGCUGACCUUUCUUUUUAGCUCCCUCUGUGAUAUAUUAGCUGUCAUACACACACACACACACACACACAUACAAAUAACAUGCAGCAAAGAAAACUGGAGAAUUGGACAGCUCUGUCCCAUCGAUCGGCUCAGCCAUAACCCUAUCCAGCAAGUGUCUAACUGACGUCUGAUGUUAGUGUCAGUGCAUCCCUAAAUGUCAUGCUAAUACUCGGCUCCACUGGGGUUUUCUUUUUUAAAAAACAAACAAAAAAAAAAACACCCGGUGAAGACACGAGAGUCGAAGCCCCCCCCGUGUCUGUGUGAAGGAAAGGUCUCUGAUGGUCAGAUGAAGUGCAGCGAGGACGAGUGCGGAGGAAACGGUCGAGACUCGGAGGAAUUAGUCAAGGAGAUCGGAGGGAGAUGCUACAGUCGGAGUUCCCUGCUCACAAGACAAAAGGGAAUUUCACAAAACAAGAAUGUAUGUAUAUUGCUAUAUAAAUAUUAAUGAUGCGCUCAGUACAAGCUGAUAUAUAUAUAUAUAUAUAUAUAAAAAAUAUAUAUAGAGAUAUAUUUAAGAGAGCAAAAUAUGGUUGCUUUCAUGAAAGCAAACUUGUUCUGACUGUUGUGUAAUGUAGAGGAUUUGAAGGCCCCUCCUUGGUUGUGUGUGUGUGUCCUGUUUGAGAAGACAGACGCAUACACACGAGGAAAAGCACUGACAAGUGUGUGAGGAGUCCUUCUGUUUUUGUGACGCGUGUACAGAUAAUGAGAAUAUUGAUGGACCACAAGGGGGUGUGUGUACAGGCGCUGACUGAGGGUUUAGUGCAGGGAAGCACUUUUUCUUUUGGAUUUUUCUCGUCAUUGGACCUGUGAAGUUUGUAGACGCGACAUCAAGUUUCGUGGAUAGUGAUUAUCCAGAGACGGCAAACAUUUGUUCGGCUGGUUAGAUUGCUGCUAAGACAGUUAGAGCUAGAUAGUUGGGCAGAAACCAACUGCCGGCUGUUGCCUCAGGGAAAAAGUUUGUCUGGUGAUUUUGUGUAUGUGGUGUUUACGGGCGUGUGCGUGUGUGGCAUAAGCUUACAAUCAUGAGACAGAGAUUGUCUUCGAAGCUCUAGGAUUCACUGUGAUUUCUAAUUAUACAAAAAAUAACAGCGUAUGUAAGCUAAAAGUAAAACUUUUACUAUAAAAAAAAACAAACUAUAAGAUUUUCAUUCCUAAGCUUAUGUUACAAAAAAUGAACAUAAGCUUUGAAAUAUUUUUGCAUUAUUGUGCAAUGCAUCACAGAUCUAUUAAGCUAAAGUACAUACCCAUUAAAUGGCUACGUUAAAAAAAAAAUAAAAUAUACAGUCACCAGUGUUGAAACAUUCUUUGAUUAAUAUCAGCUUCAUGUUUUUCUUUCUUCAGGGCAAAUUGAAUAUUGUACAGAUGGUAGCAAUAUACAGCAGUUUCUUUUUUCUUUUCUUUUGUAUGAAAUCCCUCAGAUGCUUGUAACGGCAGGACAGAGAUGUAAGACGAGAGAGAAAGAACCUUUUUAUAUUCUACAUAAAACCAAGCCUCAUACUGUUUUUGACACGUUAACAUAUAUCAUUUCAACACCAGCCGUUUAAGCGAGGUUAAGGAUUUUACUUUUUAAAAGUCACUACAUAUCAUAUCACCUUUCUGUUGACAUGGUGCGCGCUCUCCCCUCACGCAGACCUGGAUCACCCCCUUGUGGACAAACUUUGUAAAUACCACUUGCUAAGUCUGUACAUAGUUAGAGAUUAAUGUAGGCAAAAAAUACUAAGAAUUCAGUUGUUGAUAGCAAGAUGUUCUGGAGAUACAGCACUAUAUGCAAUUAGGAGAUGGACUCUUAUGUUGUAUUUAACUCAAAUGCACAGAGGUGACAAAUCCUGGAGAAGUUACUGAGUUGUUUUCAGGAGAAAACCAUCUGAUUUGGGUUUGAUUCAUCUUAAAGGAAUACUUCACCGAUAAGCAUUUAGCUUUGUAUUGCUAGAAU